UAAGAAAUCGGUUGUUACGAGCAAUUGCGAGUGCUGCUGUCAGUAGGACCGUAAACACGGGUGCAUGUUUCGGAAGGGAACAGAUUAUAUGACGGACUGCGAUGGCGCAUGUUUCAUCUGAAUGGUCAAAUGUCACAAAGAAGUAUUUGUUUUUAAACCAGUAUUUUAACUUUUGUUUAACGCUUUUCGUAUUUAUAGCAUAGAUAAAAGCAUAGUCUAUCUGUCAUGCAUACAUUUUAUUACUUUUGCAUUUGGUUUACUUUCUUGUUAAUGUCAGGGUCUAUAAGAGGUCAUUAUUCUUAAUGGAUAUUGUAGAGUCCUGUGCAUGUCUGAUCUGGUUACAAAGGGACACAAGAGCAAAUGGCUUUAUCAAGAACAACAUUCAAAACUCUGUUUGGAAUUCCUCGUGUCAUUUACAGACAGCCUCUGUCAUUUCCUUCAACAUCACCCUCCUCGUGUAUACUGAGCACCAGGGGUGCCUAUGAACGAGAUUACAGGAGACCAGGCCAGGCUCCGGACACCCGCUGGCCCUGGCAAAAGAUACGCUUUGACUUCUCCAAAGGUGUGGAAGGUAUCAGAAAGCAUUUCGGGCUAUUGAAGGAUGAGUUUGUAAAUCGCUGGACUGGGCCAGAAGGAAAGCCUUUAAUAAAUCAUAUGUUGGAGCAGACCCAGGUCCAGUGGGAAUUCCGUGGACCGGAAAGUCUGAAUCAGUGGAUUGUGUCAUCUGAUCAGGAGAUUGGGGGCCAUAGUGCAGCAUAUAUCAAGACGGGAAGGAACAACACCACCUGUUUUCUUUAUGGGAUGUUGUGCUCCACGCCUCCCCGUGAUGGAGAGACAAGAUACAGUGGAUACUGCACGAUGCGAUCCAAACAACCACUGGGCUCAUUUGACCGAAAAAAGCACUAUGAUUGGUCAAAUUUCAACACCUUACACAUGCGUAUUCGUGGAGAUGGAAGACCAUGGAUGGUGAACAUUUCAGCAGAAACCUACUUUUCUCACCAGAGAGAUGACAUAUACAGUUACUUCCUCUACACCAGAGGGGGACCAUACUGGCAAGAUGUCAAGAUCCCAUUCUCUAAGUUUUUCCUUUCUAGUCGGGGGAGGAUACAAGAUGAUCAGCAUGCCCUCUGGUUAGACAAGGUUAACAGUAUUGGUUUUACAUUGGGAGACAAAGCAGAUGGCCCAUUUCAGCUGGAGAUUGACUUCAUCGCACUGUGUAAUGACCAUGCCCAUACAGAGGAGUUUGCAUACGAGCUUUAUAAGAGAAACCCAGAGGUCUAA